AUGAACACCACCAUGGCAGGACGCGGCGCCUUCUACACCGACGACCUGGGCACCAGCUUACGCAUGGCCCAAGCAAUCGGCCUCACCUCCACUGCUUUCCUCGCCGGCAAAACCUUCGCAGCCAGCUUCAGCACCACCCGCGCCCUCCUCGAAGCCCCCGCACCCCUCCUCGCCAAACAAUGGAAGACCCAAUACGAAGCCGACAAGAUCGUAUCUCCAGCCAUCAGUCUCUUCUCGGCCGUCGUCUUCGGCUACAUCUCCUACCGUGAUAACGCUUGGACCAAAACCUCCAUCCUCUACGCCACAUCCAGCACCCUCCUCCUCUCCCUCGUGCCCUACACCUUCCUCCUCAGCGAGCCCAUCAACCAGAAACUCCUCCAGAAAGAAAGCACUCUCGCCAGCGUAUCCCCCACAGACUCCAAAGCGGAGGCCGGCAUUGCCAAGGAAGACAGCGUACACGGCCUCGUGGACAAGUGGGCAACUGUGAACUUCGGCCGGUUCGCGAUUGCGGCUGUUGCUGCGAUUGUUUCGACUUGGGCUGCGAUCGAUAGGGCUGAGGUUGUGCCUGCUGCGAUUAGGUUUGCGAGUGGAGCUGAUAGGAUGCGGUGA